AUGUGGCCUGGCCAGGCCAUGACCCUCAAGGUCAAGAAGGUCGUCCACCACGAGAAGAGCAAGUACCAGGAUGUUCUCAUCUUCGAGUCCACCGACUACGGCAUGGUCCUGGUCUUGGACAACGCCGUCCAGGCCACCGAGCGUGAUGAGUUCUCCUACCAGGAGAUGAUUACUCACCUGGCCUUGAACUCCCACCCCAACCCCAAGAAGGUUCUCGUCAUCGGCGGUGGUGACGGCGGUGUCCUCCGUGAGGUCGUCAAGCACGAGUGCGUCGAGGAGGCCAUCCUCUGCGACAUUGACGAGGCUGUCAUCCGUCUCUCUAAGCAGUACCUCCCCGGCAUGGCCGUUGGCUUCGACCACCCCAAGUCCAAGACCCACGUCGGUGACGGCUUCAAGUUCCUCGCUGACUACAAGAACUCCUUCGACGUCAUCAUCACCGACUCCUCUGACCCCGAGGGUCCCGCCGAGGCCCUUUUCCAGAAGCCUUACUUCCAGCUCCUCCACGACGCCCUGCGUGAGGGCGGUGUCAUUACUACCCAAGGUUGUACGUUUCCAUUUGUCAAAGAUAAUCAUGGGGAUCAAGGAAGUAUCAGGCUUGGGGAAUGUAACAGCAGGCACCCGAGUUGCCUGCUUUCUUCUCCAGCCUAUCCUCGAUUCGUCCCAUGA